CUGACGCCUCCGCGGCGGGCCGAGGGCCGCCUCCUCCCGCGGAGACUCCAUUUCCCGGCGUGCCCCGAGAAGGCCUCCCCCACUCGGCCGCCGCAAUGUAAGCCCGGCCCCUCCUCUCGGAUGCCUCUCUGUUUCCUGGUUCGCGGGGCCGGCAGCCAUUUUGGGAUCUGGGUGCCGGAGCGGACGCUGCCUGCCGCCUUGAGGGGAGGAGUGGAGCCCGGCCAAGAAGGGAGACGCCGCGUCCGUUUGCCGGUGCUGCCCUCCGCUCUCCCCUCCGCUGCUCGGUCGGAUAAAGGGAGCCUGACCGCCGGGAGGAGCCGCCACCGGUGGGUCUGACCGCCGCCUGCUCCGCGGAGCGAGCUCGUUCUUCACAGGCCGCGGGGCCCCGCUGACAUGUCAAGCAUGAAUCCCGAAUAUGACUAUUUAUUCAAGCUGCUUCUGAUUGGAGACUCUGGUGUUGGAAAAUCUUGCCUUCUGCUUAGGUUUGCAGAUGAUACGUACACAGAAAGCUACAUCAGCACAAUUGGCGUGGACUUUAAAAUCAGAACUAUAGAGUUAGAUGGGAAAACAAUCAAACUUCAGAUAUGGGAUACGGCAGGCCAAGAGAGAUUUCGAACUAUCACUUCUAGUUACUACAGAGGAGCUCAUGGCAUCAUAGUUGUGUAUGAUGUUACAGAUCAGGAGUCUUUCAAUAAUGUAAAACAGUGGCUUCAAGAAAUAGAUCGUUAUGCCAGUGAAAAUGUUAACAAGUUGUUGGUAGGGAACAAGUGUGAUCUGACCACAAAGAAAGUAGUAGACUAUACAACAGCAAAGGAAUUUGCAGAUUCCCUUGGGAUUCCUUUUUUGGAAACCAGUGCAAAGAAUGCAACAAAUGUAGAACAGUCUUUCAUGACCAUGGCUGCUGAGAUCAAAAAACGGAUGGGCCCUGGAGCUACAGCAGGUGGUGCAGAGAAGUCCAAUGUUAAAAUUCAGAGCACUCCCGUCAAGCAGUCCAGUGGAGGUUGCUGCUAAAACUCUCCUCCCCAUUUGCAAUGAAUCUGAAACCUGAACCCAACUGAAAAAAAUGCCUGAAUUGUACUGUAUGUAGCUGCACUACAACAGAUUCUUAUCGUCUCCACAAAGGUCAGAGAUUGUAAAUGGUCAAUACUGACUUUUUUAUUCCCCCAAUUCAAUAAAGCUAACUUCAUUUUCAGAAAUAUGUUAAACCUUUUGUGUGCUGGUUUAUAAAUGCGUGUAAUCCUUGUUGCUUUUUCUUAUACCAGAUCGUUUCCUGUGGUUGGCUAAACUUGGAAUAUAUUAUUUUGUUCUGAUCAUAUUGGCAUGUUUAGAUGUCAGGUUUAGUCUUCUGAAGAUGAAGUAUAGCCUUUUUUGUAUCCAACAGCACAACUGUGUCUUGUCACUUUUCCAUGCAUAAAGUUCAGUAAGACAAAUGUUCUAUGUAAGAUCUGAUUUGCUAGUUCCUUGUAGAGUUGUAAACGGAGAGAUUGCAAUCUGUCUUUGAUCCAAAGAACUGCACUAAUUGGUUCUGUGCGCCCAAGGCAGGUUUGGAUUCUACUUGUACCUCUCCCAGACAAACCUUUUUUUUUAUUUUUAAACUGAGGCAUGUUUCGUUGGGGGUGGGGGGUGGCUGCCCCUGAAAGGAAAGUCGCAGAUUUCCAUUGGCAAUGCCUUAGACCUUGGGCAAUCCUAAAGUAGCUCUUUGGAUCCAAGAUGCUGAUUUUUCUUAAUACUCUGCAUAUAAUUUGUGGCUGCAGAACAUUGUAAUUUGUUGCACAAUAUGUAACAAACUGAAGAAAUGUUUAAUAAAUAUUGUACUUAUUGGAAGUAAUAUCAAACUGUAUGGUGAUUAAGUAUUGUCUUAAUUCUUAUGGCAAAGUGGAAAGGCUUGCAUUGUGCCCCAAAUGUACCUUUUUAUGUGCAGUAAUGGCACUUUAGAACCUUUUCCUGGACCAUACCUUCCCAGCCGAACAAAUAACUAGCAAGUAUGGCUUAAAUGACUAAGAGUUGCCAUGGUGUUUCUGGCGUGUAUGCUAUACUUGGAACACAAAAUCUUAUAACAUUGUUUAUAGAAUCAUAAUCACUCUAAAUGUACCAUAUUCUCCCCCUCCCUGCUCCUAAGUGUCUGGAUCUUUCUAAAUGAUUUCAUUUAGAAAUACCUUGGUGUCUCUUGCUCUGUCAUAGAAGAGGAAAGCAGUAUUUUCCUAAUAUAUGAAUGACUUCAAACUAACAAGGUGAUGUUAAAAUCUGAUGUUAUGUCUUUUCUAAAUAAUGUUACUUCCAUUCUCUCACAAUCAAAUACUGUUGACUUUAAUAAAACUUAGUGCAAUUUA